CGGACCAAUCAGCGUCGAGUUGACAUCGGAGUGUCGGGCAGGAGAACAACAGUAAGUAGAGUGCGCCAUUUUUGUACGCCGUCUGUCCUAAGAGAAAAAAGAAGUUUCAUCCGCCAAACCCAUUGCUGGUGGUGCAUCAUGCCUGAUGACAAGAAGAGUUGCUGUCAGUGACCCCGCUUUGGCCUACCUAAAGAAUUAGCAAGUAUUUCCGUUUCUGAAAUUCCCCUGUCCAUCCAAAAUCCUUAUGCUGUAAUAUAUUGCUGUUGAUGAGGUAAAAAUGGACAGUGAACAUGUCAAUUUGAAAGUGGUUGGCCAGGAUGGUAGUGUAGUUCAUUUUAAAAUCAGAAAGCACACAGCGUUAAAGAAGUUAAUGAGCGCCUAUGUGGAAAGAGCCGGUGUUCGGCCAGGUUCGGUGCGGUUCAUGUUUGAUGGGCAGGCAAUCGGAGAGAAAGACACACCUUCACAGUUGGAAAUGGAAGAUAAUGACACAAUAGAUGUGUUCCAGCAACAGACCGGUGGUGGGACAGAUUGCUGAACUAGUGGUCAUGUUUCAUCAUUCUGUACUUGUUGAGUUCUCUCUUGGCUCCUUCUCCACCACCACCUCCUCCUCCUCCACUGUGCCGGCAGCCCAUCUUUGUUCCUUUUUUUUUCCUUUUUUUUUUUUUCGAAUGGGAAGCCGCUAUUAUUGUUGCUAGUCAUUGUUUUGUCUCUUUUCUCUCUCUCUCUCUCCCUCCCUCGUUCUCUUGUCACUUUGUUUUUUCGUGUUUGUCUCUCUGCUGGCGACACAGUGAUUAGCAUCCAUGAACUGCCGGUUAAUAUACGGCACCACUUUGGUGUAAAAGUAAAAAAAAGACAAAAAAAAAUUUCAAAACUGAACACACACUCACACACACCACACACCCACAAGCACACACACACACACACCCACACCCACAUGCAUACACAACAUACAUUAAGGACAAUGAAAUGGGAAAGAAAGAAAAACAAAAAGGAAAACCCAACCAAACCACCACAGCACCACUUUCAUUUAGUCAUUUUAGAAUCAUUUUAAGCUACUCUCAUAUAUGUACUUUCUAAUCAUUUUUCCACAAAAUAAAAUCUGAUUAAUGUUCCCUU